AUGUAUCACUCUUCCCAGUCUCAGCAAACUCCAGGGCAUGCGACACUGGCUCGUUUCCAACUUGCCAAGUUCUCAUAUGCCACCACCUCUAUCAAUCAUAGAGGGCCAAUUACUUGGAGUCAUGUCUUCGGGAAUGGCGAUAUCAUCGGAGACUUUGAGAAAUAUGUAAUUUUCUCGUCUAAAAAAGUACUGUUCAGUGUUCGUAAUAACCAGGAGACAUUGGAACAAGUAGCUAUAACAGACCUCAUGAAGGAUUUCGAAGACCAGACUCGCUCGAUGAAAGAUAACUCAAAACCAAGUUUUGCGGUGGUCGUGAAACUUCCUUGUCUCGCUGUCAAAUAUCCCCAAAGUCCCGGAUUCGUGCGGCGCUUUCAAAUCAAGUUUUCCUCUGACCGAGACUUCUACUCAGCGCUAGCGAUCCUAAGCGAAAUCAAUUGCCCUUUCUCUGAAUCGAAUGUCAGUUCUGUCCGGCCGAUGAGCAGGCCGGUUUCAUCACUUUCAACCCUGGGGCGCAUCAACACUAGCUUAGGCCUACAAAGUGACCAGUCAACCAUAACUAGAACGCCCACUUCAAGUGCAAGUAUUUUUCCAUCCUACAGGCCAACCUCUUCCUCUAGCGUCUUCACCGACGCUCCACAAGCCGUGCCAUCCUCAUCUUCAAGCUCUACAGCUCUAGGCAGCACAAGUCGUGCAUUCAGCACGCUGAGUAGCAGCUAUGGGUCACCGUUCGAUCCCAUGUUCUCGGCAGGAGACGCACCUCUAGCCAGCCCUCACCCAGAGCCAGGCGAGUUCAAGCCGCCAAGCACACCCACAGGCCACCAUGACCUAGAUCUACCCCCUAAGAGAGUGCUGCCUUUUUCUACUUCGGUGGCGAAAAGAAGUCGGCUAGCUUCAAACGCACCAGAUAAUGCCUCUCCCGAAAUAUCUAAAGCCGCCACGGAGACCCCAUCCAAAACUUCAACCUCGAGAAAAGGAGGAGGAUCGCGAGCCACAAAAGGCAAACAAACGAAAAUCCAAAGUAGAAAAGGCAAAGCAUCUUCUGCCGGCACAACAUCACCGCCGCCAACAGCAUCUUCGGCAACCGUCUCAAACCUCCAAAACCAGGAACCUACUUCAGCAGCAAUAACAGCAACACUCUCUACGCACGAGAACCCAGUCGCAAAUAAACCGCCGCUCCUUCCCACACAGGCAGACUUGGCCAACUACAUUUCCAAUUCUACCAAGGAGCGAACCGCAGCCCUUGAAAACUGGAUCUGUGGGCAUCUCGAAGACGACAACUUUCUACAACUUUGUGUAGAUGUCGAGGGGGUCUGGACGCGGUUUGCGGUAGGAAAAUAA